CUUUGAGUGUCACGUGGGCUUUUCGCGCGAAAAGCGACUCCCGGCAGGAAGAAGAAGUUUCCUUACAAGAGGCAGACACAGACAGACGCGAAACAAUGGCGGAUUCCUCCGAGUCGUACCACGUGGCCACCAGCCCCAGCCGAGCCGCCAGGAGAGGAGACAUGACCUCCAGCCCCGGGCGAGACCUGCCCCCCUUCGAGGACGAGUCUGAGGGGCUGCUGGGGGACGGACCCCUGCCCGGAGAGGAGGAGGAGGACGGGGACGGAGAAGAGCUGAUCGGGGACGGGAUGGAGAGGGAUUACCGAGCCAUCCCAGCGCUGGACCAGUACGAGGCGGAGGGCUUGGACCUGGACGACGAGGAUCUGUCGGAGCUGUCGCCUGGAGCCCGAGCCGCCGCCGAGGAGGCCAUGAGGAGGCGGGACAGGGAGCAGGGCGUCAGCGGGCGGCUGAGGAGAGGACUGCUCUACGACAGCGAAGACGAGGACGACGAGCGCCCGGCGGCUCGAAGAAGGCGAUUGGCUGAGCGGGCGGCCGAGGGCGUUGCAGACGGAGAGGAAGAGGAAAUGAUCGAGAGCAUCGAGAACCUGGAGGACAUGAAGGGCCACACUGUGAGGGAGUGGGUGUCCAUGGCGGCUCCCAGGCUGGAGAUCUACAACCGCUUCAAGAACUUCCUGCGGACCCACGUGGACGAGAACGGCCACAACGUCUUCAAGGAGAAGAUCAGCGACAUGUGCAAAGAGAACAAGGAGAGUCUGGUUGUGAACUAUGAAGACCUUGCAGCCAGAGAGCACGUUUUGGCCUACUUCCUACCAGAGGCUCCAACUGAGAUGCUGAAAAUUUUUGAUGAAGCAGCCAAAGAAGUGGUGCUGGCCAUGUACCCCAAAUACGACCGCAUUGCCCACGAGAUCCACGUCCGCAUCUGCAACCUGCCGUUGGUCGAGGAGAUCCGCUCACUCAGGCAGCUCCACCUGAACCAGCUGAUCCGGACCAGCGGCGUGGUGAGCAGCUGCACCGGAGUCCUGCCUCAGCUCGGCAUGGUCAAGUACAACUGUAACAAGUGUAACUUUGUGCUGGGACCCUUCUUCCAGUCCCAGAACCAGGAGGUGAAGCCGGGCUCCUGUCCCGAGUGUCAGUCCCUGGGCCCCUUCGAGAUCAACAUGGAGUUGACUGUGUACCAGAACUACCAGAGAAUCACCAUCCAGGAAAGCCCCGGUAAAGUAGCCGCCGGCCGCCUCCCGCGCUCCAAAGACGCCAUCCUGCUGGCCGACCUGGUGGACAACUGCAAGCCUGGAGACGAGAUCGAACUGACGGGCAUCUACCACAACAACUACGACGGCUCUCUGAACAUGGCUAACGGCUUCCCCGUGUUUGCCACGGUGAUCCUGGCCAACCACAUCACCCGCAGAGACGAGGGCGUCGCUGUGGCCGAGCUGACCGACGAAGACGUCAAGGCCAUCGUCGCCCUGUCCAAGGACGAACGUAUCGGGGAGAGGAUCUUUGCCAGCAUGGCGCCGUCCAUCUACGGCCACGAGGACAUCAAGCGAGCCCUGGCCCUGGCGCUGUUUGGAGGAGAGCCUAAAAACCCAGGUGGUAAACACAAAGUGCGUGGAGACAUCAACGUUCUGCUGUGUGGAGACCCGGGAACCGCCAAGUCUCAGUUCCUCAAGUACGUGGAGAAGGUGUCGAGCCGCGCGGUGUUCACCACGGGCCAGGGGGCCUCCGCCGUCGGUCUGACGGCGUACGUCCAGAGACACCCGGUCACCCGCGAGUGGACGCUGGAGGCCGGAGCGCUGGUGCUGGCCGACCGCGGCGUCUGUCUGAUCGACGAGUUCGACAAGAUGAACGAUGCCGACAGGACGAGUAUCCACGAGGCCAUGGAGCAGCAGAGCAUCUCCAUCUCCAAGGCCGGCAUCGUCACCUCGCUGCAGGCCAGAUGCACCGUCAUCGCCGCCUCUAACCCCAUCGGCGGCAGGUACGACCCCUCCCUGACCUUUUCCGAGAACGUGGACCUGACAGAGCCCAUCGUGUCUCGAUUUGAUGUGCUGUGUGUCGUCCGGGACACCAUCGACCCUGUGCAGGACGAGAUGUUGGCGCGCUUUGUGGUUGGCUCCCACAUCAAGCAUCACCCUAGCAACAAGGAAGGGGGCGUGGCCUUAGAAGAAGUUGUUCUGCCCAACACGACGGAUGUGCCGCCGAUUCCCCAGGACCUCCUAAGGAAGUACAUCAUCUACUCCAAGGAGCGGAUUCAUCCCAAACUGAACCAGAUGGACCAGGACAAAGUUGCUCAGAUCUACAGCGACCUCCGCAAAGAGUCGAUGGCGACGGGCAGCAUCCCCAUCACGGUGCGUCACAUCGAGUCCAUGAUCCGCAUGGCCGAGGCCCACGCCAAGAUGCACCUAAGGGACUACGUGCUGGAGGACGACGUCAACAUGGCCAUCAGGGUGAUGCUGGAGAGCUUCAUCGACACGCAGAAGUUCAGCGUCAUGAGGAGCAUGAGGAAGACGUUUUCCCGUUACCUGGCCUUCCGCAGGGACAACAACGAGCUGCUGCUCUUCAUCCUCAAACAGCUGGUGGCCGAGCAGGUCUCCUACCAGCGGAACAGAUACGGAGUCCAGAACGACUCCAUCGAGGUCCCAGAGAAAGACCUGCAGGAUAAGGCGAGACAGAUCAACAUCCAUAACCUGACAUCCUUCUACGACAGCGACAUCUUCCGCUCCAACAAGUUCAGCCACGACGGGAAGAAGAAACUGAUCCUGCAGCAGUUCUAAAAGCCCUCACCACCCACUCCUCUUCCUCCUCCCUACUAUUAGAGUGCUUCAGGAACUCAAUUUCUUAGCCCAAAAUGGGUCAUUGAAGAAAAAGGAAAAACAAUGUUUAGACUCGAGGGUGAGGCGUAGUUGCCUUUUUAGGUCUGAACUGAUGGCCUGGAAGGACAUUUCUGCAUGGAAGAGUUCUGCUGGAGGAAACAUGCAGCAGGAACACAAAGCUGUUUUUUUUGUUUUUGUUGGAGCUGUAAUGUUGUGUAGACCUCGUUUGAAUCUUAAAGCAGUGGUGAGAAAGAUAGGGGGGUGCGUACCUCACAAAAUGGUGAAAUGGCCCCAGAUCGCACAGUUUCCACCCCAUUGUUUGGGUAUCCAUGGUGACUGGAAGUAACGCAUCACCAAACAUGAAAUGAGGAAUUUGGUUUCAAAAUAAUUUGGUCAAACGGCCUCGACGGAAGUCAUUUUAACUGCAGAAAUGUUGAAUAAAAAUUGGGGGGAAAAAAGGGGAAAAUAACAGAAUCAAACUCUUCAGGUCACGCCACACUGUUGCUCCUCCUCCUUUUGUUUUCCAUCUCUUCGCGGGUUCCCCCUCUGUAUCCGCCCUCUGCUGGGGCCGGUUGUAAAUAAAUGUACAUGCCUAUGUCCGUGUUGUUGAAGAAACAGCAUUUAUUGUCUGUGAUUCCUCUCUGUUACUAGCUUCUGUCAAGAUGGAGGACAUUUCACACAGUUUAGCAUUUCAAGUUUUUUUUUUGCUCGGUGGGUGUUCCCGUGUGAAGUGAACGUAGCGGGGAUUUCAGCCUCUAUAUGUGACAGAAGUGCACAUUUGGACAAAUAAUUAAUAAAAAAAAAAAAAACACAAAGAGGUUAAAGUAAACUGUAGGUCUGUUUUCAUAUUAAACUUGUUUUUGUUAAAUCGGUCUUUUGUCCCCUUUGCGUCCACAGAGAGUUUGGUCCACAUCUCAUUAAUGAACGCUGAUCUAACAGUUGGAUUUAGUUUCUGCUGACAGCCUGUGGUGGAAAACGUUUUUUUUUUUGACUAUCUGGUAGUUUUGAACAUCAUGAGGGACCUUUGAUCCCGUCUUCUCCUGUCCACAUGUUAAAGUGUUAAAUACAAUUUUGGGGUACUUGUACUUUACUUAGUUAUUUCUGUUUUCUGCUGCUUUACAGGCUAAACUUCUACUGCUCUACAUCUCAGAGGGAAAUAUUGUACUUUGCGCCACACUACUUCUUUUGGAUAACUUAAGCUACUUUACAGAUUCAGAAUACAAAAUACAAUCCACAAAUAAAGUAUGAUAUAUUGUUAUA